AUGGGUGCCCCCGCCGACGGUUCAAAGAAGCGCCGUCGCGAACCUCACAAUGUCGACGUGAAGCUGGUAGAGCUCUACGAGGACCUCGCCAGCGAGAAAGAUGAGAUCCGACUCAAGGCAGCCCAAGGACUCGUGUCGCAGUUUACUCCCGACAAGAACCCUACCGACGAGCAGAUCAAGAAGGCACUGUCAAGACUCUUCCGCGGUCUCUGCAGCAGCCGCAAAGCCGCUCGAGUCGGCUUCUCAAUUGCUUUGACAGAGAUUCUCACUCAAGUCUUCUUGGCACCGAGGGAACCAGAAGCCUUUAGCUUCUCAGAUGCUCUCAACCUCUGGGAUACUCAGACAAGCGCCGCUGGCAGCGAGACGAGACAGGAGCAACGCGACCACAUCUUCGGCCGUCUCUUCGGUGCGGAAGCGAUCAUCAAAUCCGCCGUUCUGUUCGAGCCCACCGUGCCCUUCGAGCAAUGGACUCAGGUCGUCGAACUUGUCCUUGAGCUCGCAGAGAAGAAGCCAUGGAUCCGCGAAGAGUGUGGGUGGAUCAUAUACCAGUGUGUCUACGAUCUCGCCGGGCGCAAGAUGGACGCCAAGUACGUCCAGGCUGCGCUGGAAGGUCUAUGCGCGCAUGAAAUCGCCCGGUCGCCCGAGGGCGUUGCUAUCUGGUUGGCUGCGAAGGACUUGUAUCCUAAGGCGAAAUUCCCUAACAAUGUCUGGAAGCAUGAUGACCCCCUGGAUACAAAAGAGCGCAACAGCUUGUCGAAGAUCAUGAAGGAGUCGGGCGCUGCGGCAAACGAGGGCGAGGGCAAGGCAAACGUUGCGAAGAAUUCUGGUGUCUGGAACUCCAAACUUCACUUCGCCUGGGAUGCGGUUUUGUCGCGAACCAGUGUUGAGGCAAAGGAUAAGACCAAGAAGUCUCGAAUGACUUUCUCUGAUUUCUGGACUGAAGUUGUCGACAAUGGAUUGUUUGCUGCCGCAUCAUCGGACGAGCGUAAAUACUGGGGUUUCCUCCUCUUCACAAGACUCAUCAACGAUGGCGGGUUGCAGCAGGCCUCGCAUACUUUCACCAAGAAUCUUACGCGAUGCUUGACGAACCAACUUGCCGUGGAAGACCGCUACUUGCACAGAAUGGCCGUCAAAGCUGCCAAGGCGAUUCAGGCUCGCGUGUCCAAAGAGCCCGAAUUCGCCGCCGCGGCCAUCCGUGGGUUGAUGGGAACCAGCGGCACACUGAACUUCGACCAAGCCACCAAGACUAAGACGGUCGAGAAGAUCGUUUCCGAAGCCAACCACGAGGCUUUGCAAGAGAUCGUUCCAUUCUUCGAACAGCUCAUCCAAAAACCCGGUACGACCGACGAGAAGACCGCCGCUUCAAACCGUCAAUUUGUCGCUGGUCUCCUUCUGUCGAUCGUGCGCUCCAAGUCCUCUGCCGCCGAAGGCGAUGCCGAACACCUCCAGGCAAUCCUUGAGCGGAUUCUUUCCAUCUUUGUGCGCUUUGCGUACUUCUUGGAUGACGGCAAGAGCUCAACUGCCCCUGAGCCUGCUGUUUCCUCGGCGACGCAAGAACUGCUGCGCAAUCGCAUCAACUCCUGCUUGAACAGCCUUAUCUCCAACCAGAAGUUUGCAGCUACAAUCCCAUAUGUGGUAGUGAAGCAGAUUCGCGAUGCAGCCAAGUCUGGCGUAUUCGGCAAGUUUAUCAUCGCGAUCGAUGAUAAGCUGUCUGAGUCCGUGAAGGCUGCUUUCAAAUCACUGAAGAAAUUGUCCAGCAGGGAGAAGAAGGAAAAGGGCAUGGCCGCAUUCAAGCUGCUUUACUCUAUGACGAUCAUGCAGGUGUACAAUGGAGACGCAGACGCGGUCUCCAUGCUUGAUGAGCUCGAGUUCUGUCACACCAAAUUCUUGGGCGACAAAGAGACCAAGACCGAGGACGCCGGCGAUGCGUCGGAUGCGUUGGUUGAGAUCUUGCUCAGCUUUGCAUCCAAGCAAUCGCAGCUCUUCCGUCGCAUGAGUGAGCAGGUCUUCGGCGCCUUUGCUAACCAGAUCACCGAGAAUGGACUGGAAUCUUUGACCUCAAUUCUGGAGGCGAAGGAAAGUCUGUCUGGACAACAAGAGAUGUUCGAAGAGCAAGACGACGAAGGCGAAGAAGAAGGAGAGGAUGACGAUGCGGAUAUGAUGGACGUUGAUGAGGAUGAGCUCGACAGUGACGUCGAGGUUGUCGAAGCCGGCGCCUCCAGCUCAGACGACGAGGACGACGAAGAAGAGGAAGAAGAAGCAAACGAAGAAGAUGCACAGGAAGUCGCCGCAUUCGAAGCCAAACUAGCCGCCGCGCUCGGCAACCACGGAUUAGAAGGCGAAUCCGACUCCGACGCCGACAUGAACGACGACGAGAUGGACGAGCUGGACGAUAAACUCGUACAAGUCUUCCGCGCCCGUCGCCAAGAAACUUCCAACCGCAAAGACAAGAAAGACGCCCGCGAGAACAUGGUGAACUUCAAGAACCGCGUCCUGGACCUGCUGGAGAUCUUUGUGAAGAAGAGCCACUCCCGGCUGCUGGCACUGGACAUCCUCUUACCGUUGCUCCGGCUGUCGCGCCGGUCCAGCGUGAAGCAAAUCGCCACAAAGGCCAACAAUGUCGUGCGCGAAUACACGAAGGUAUGCAAGGGCAAUGCGCUUCCUAAGAUUGAGGACGAUGAACAGGCUGAGGCGCUCUGGGAGCUUUUGAGGUCUGUUCACAAGGAAGCUAGCCACAGUGGUCCUAUGGGCCAUGCGACUGCUUGCAGUCAGGCUAGUUUGCUUGUUGUUAAGGUGCUCGUUGCUCAUGAUAAGAGUAACAUUGAGGGUGUUGUGGAUGUUUAUGCUGCCACUCGCAAGGACCAGCUCACGAGCGCCAAGUGUCAUGUGCAGCCGUCGUUCUUCUCGGAGUGGAAUAACUGGUGUGUUUCGGCGAGCAAGCAGCUGAAGUAG